AAUUUGCCCUUCUUCAUUCCCUCUCAUUCAUUACUCAUUUCAUCAUUCAAAUCGAUUAGUUUUUGAGUGAGUGAUAAAUUUUAGCUGGUGCGGUGCUAUGGACAGUUUCAGCUUUCUCGGCGACGAGGAUCCUAUCGUUGUUGCAGCCGAGAAAUUAGUAUCAUAAAUGAGGGUUUUUAGGGUUUCAAUGUCGUAGAACUUAUCUGUGUCAAGAUUUGGAACUGAGAAUGGUGUGGAUUUGCGCAUCUGGGUUUCUAGGGUUAGGAUUUUUUAAAACUGAAUGAGGUGUGUGGAGUGGAUAGACUGUAGAAAUUCACUGUUGACUCUGUUGGUUUAUAAGAAAAUGAGAAAGGAGAGAAAUGGAUGUUAUUUACCUAUUAAUUGCCGAAAAAUACAGCUGUAUUUAGCUGAAUUUUAGCUGGGUUAUUCACUGGAAACUAACUUUGGUUAUCCUUUGAGAAAUUUAGCGUUAGGGUUUAUGAGAUGGAAACUUUUUGGAUUAAGAGAAUUGUGUUUGUUGAGUUUUUGUAUUCAGAAAUUGUGUUUAUAUUGAUUUGAGCAAUGGUUAGUACAUGUGCUUGGCCUAAUUUGGAUGAGGUGGUCACUACUUGGUAACUGAAAUAAUGUUAUUCAUGGGAUUCGGUAUUUCUUUUCUUUAUAUCAAUGUUGUAGGAAACCAAACUGUGUUAGGUUGUCAAAUAACUUGACGAGAAAUUGUUGUGGGCAAUUUUAGAUGAAAAACCUAGAGGGAAGAAAAUGGUAAAGGGAUCUAACGUUGGAAGUGUGCCAAGGAAAAGACUAGCCGACAUAAGCAACAUGCAGCAGCCGAGUAAGCUUUCAAAUGAAGUUGUAAAGCCACAACAAACCGAUUCCCUUACAGCUAAUGUGUAUGUUGACCAGCUCCACAAGGAAAAUAUGACCCUGAUGAAACUUCUUGCAGAAAGAAAUAAAUUGAUUGAAUUAAAUGGAACUGAGCUACAGAAGAUGAAAAUCAAUUUGCAGAAAGCGCAGCAACAAAAUUUGCAGCUUGCCAAAGCAAACAGUUCAAUGUUGGCGGAACUUAAUUCAGGUAAAGAUAGGCUGAGAGUACUUCAACAUGAGCUGGGAUGUAUAAACACCUUACGUGAAGCAAGAAACUUUGUGUUAGAGGAUAAAGCAAAUACACUGACAUGCCAUACUUCUGGAACUCAGAUAGGAGCAGAUAAAUAUGACAAGGGAGGCAAAGCGGAUGAGCAGGACAAGAAACCUUGUAAUACCAACAGGAGAAGGCAAUCAAAAAAUCAAAUUUUACAUGUAGGUUCGGAUUCUUCUACUGUCAGUACGGUCCAAGAUAAAGAGAAAGUUGAUAACAAGAGGCUUCGAUUGAGAAGGCAAUCUGGUAGGUUUAAAUCUGAAGAGGCAGAGCCAUCAGAGGAGAGGCUUUGUUUGAGAAGACAAUCUGCCAAGUUUAAGUGUGAAGAACCAGCACCAGAACCGACUCAGGAUAGAAGGCAGUUUGCUAGGUUUAAAUCUGUUGCGUCAAAACCAACUGAGGAUUCAUUUGAGAUGAUGAUGUUAAAUCUCCUGUUUCCCUUCUGAGUGAUAAAAUGGUACAUGAGAAUGAUCCCACAUCAUCCGACU